GCCUGUUGUAGCGAAGGAAAGAGGGAGGAGAAAUCCAAUGGCAGUCUGCGGUGUAGCCAAUAUGAGUCGGACGAGAUUGAAGUAAAUAAACGAAAAUAUCAACAAUAGAACAUUCUAAAUAAACUUUAUUAUUAAACUUGCUGUCAAAUACAUUGUUAUAUUAUUUGUGAAGGCCACAUCUGACCUUGUUGAACGGAAUCGGCAGGUUGUUUUUGUGCGAGUACGCCGAGGAGGCCCUGUCGGGUCUGAGUGGAUAGAAGCGGCCGCCUCGGAGUUGAGAGUUGGGAAUAUGUAACAGGGGUCACCAUGACAUCAAGAUUCGGUAAAACCUACAGUCGGAAGGGAGGGGACGGGAGCUCCAAGUUCGAUGAGGUCCUGUCCAACAAGAGGGCCACCCUCAGUACCAAAUGGGGCGAGACCACCUUUAAGGCCCAGCUGGGGUCCAAACGGCCCGGCCUGGUCCCGGUCCCCGAGCCUGGGGAGACCCCCAAAAAGCCCCGGCGCUCGGAGGAGGAGGAGGACGGCUCCGAGGACCCCUUUGGCUUCGACAGCGACGAAGACUCCAGACCGGUGUCCUCCCGCGGGGCCCCCCAGCCCAGGCCCGCCCCGACCAAAGUGGCGGCCCCUGAAAUGCGCCUGGCCGAGUGGCCGAGCGAAACCCGGCAGCUCAACAGCCGCGUCGCCGCGGAGACGGCGCCGGCGUCCCCUGACUGGAUGAUGGAGGACGCUGGCGUCGAUGCUGUCAGCAGCAGAACACCCGCAGGGAAGGCCGAAGGCUGCGAGACGCACAGCUACAGCUGGUACAGCAAGGCCUGCGAGAGCGACAGGAGGCCCACCCCUCACACCACCAGCCUGAAGACGGACAGCUGGAGCUCCCCCUCGCCCGGCUCCGACACGCCCAAGGGGGGCGGCUCCCCGUGGCCGGGGGUGUUGGCGCUGGACGAGGAGGGGAAGACGCUGUGCAGCGAGGACCAGCCCCUCUCCGAGCCCGACCGCGACUCGCCGCGCUCCUCCACCGCUGCCGCCGAGCCGGGCCGGGGGGACCUGGACCUGCCCUCGGAGCCCUCCGAAUCGGACGCCCCUUCCCAGCUCCCCCUCAGGCCCUCCAACUGCCGCACCUACCGCCGGCCCGACCGCUGCAAGCAGGCCCCGGGGGCGGGGAACGGGGAGGGCGCCGGCCAGGCCUCGCUCAAGCCCGGCAGCGCCCCCGGUGGCCGGGGCAGGGACUACACCGUGCUGCACCCCUCCUGCUUGUCCGUGUGCAACGUCACCAUCCAGGACUCCAUGGAGAGGAGCGUAGAGGACUUCCCCAGCGCCCCCUCCACGGACCCGGGGGAGGCCGGCCGGCUCAAGAAAAAGACCGAGACCACGCCCACCAAGCCCACCAGGUUUAGACCCGUGCAGAGUAAGUCUAAGAAGGAAAGCAAGCUGGACUUCUUCGGUUUUGAAGAGAAGGACGGCCAGGACGAGGAAGACCCCUCCGCCUCGGGCAGCACAAACUACAAGAUCAAGUACUUUGGCUUUGAUGACCUGAGCGAGAGCGACAGUGAGGGAGAGGAGGAUACCUCCCGGGCAGCAGAGAAGAGGAAGGCCAAGAAGGCUGCAGCAGCAGCAGCAGCAGCAGCCAUGGCCGCAAGGUUUGACUACCCAGAGCUGACUGACUCCCAGGAAAGCCAAUCCAGCACUAACACAGAUAUUCUGGAGUUCCCAGAUGAUUCCUAUCCGGCUGCCACUGAGGUGCCGAAGAGGCCGCGGGGAAAACAGUCGGACAAAUCCGGAGAGGCCAGCAGAAAGAUUUUCAGCGGCCCCAAAAAGUCCCCGGCCAAGGCUGUGUACAACGCCAGGCACUGGAACCACCCAGAAGCCGAGGAGCUUCCCCCGCCGCCCCUGUCCCGGGCCCAGACCGCUCCGGCCAGUCUAUCGGGAGGAAGCAGGGAACCCAACUCCCACAAAGACGAUGGCGUGUUCAAGACUCCGCCCCCUCCACCCAAAGUCAUCAAAUCGGUGACCAUCCCUACCGAGCCCUACCAGGACAUCGUUACGGCACUGAAAUGCAGGAAGGAACACAAGGAGCUGUACACUGUUGUUCAUAACGUGAAGCACUUCAACGAUGUCGUGGAGUUCGGAGAGAACCAGGAGUUCACGGACGACUUUGAGUAUUUGGAAACGGGCCUGAAGAGUGGUCAGCCCCUAAACACACGCUGCCUUAGUGUCAUUGGCCUGGCAACCAGGUGUGCCAUGCCCAGCUUCCGCAUGCACCUAAGAGCCAGAGGAAAGGUGGCCCAGGUCUUCAAAACGCUGAACGACGCACCGCAGCACCCGAACCUGGCCCUGUGUACUGCCUCUCUGAUGUACAUUCUGAGUCGGGACAGGCUGAACAUGGACCUGGACCGGGCCUGCCUGGAGCUCAUGAUCCGCCUGCUGGAGCUGGAGCAGGACCCCAAGACGGGCGAGGCCGAGCUGAGCUCCAGGGAGAUGAGCAAGGUGAAGGAGAAGAUCCGGAAACUGUGCGACACGGUGCACAACAAGCACCUGGACCUGGAGAACAUCACGACUGGCCAUUUAGCCAUGGAGACCUUGCUCUCGUUGACCUCCAAGAGGGCAGGUGAUUGGUUCAAAGAGGAGCUGCGGUUGCUAGGAGGCCUGGACCACAUUGUAGAUAAAGUAAAAGAAUGUGUGGAGAACCUGAGCGAGGAGGAGGAUGAGGAGAACCUGGUAGCGUCGCUGUGGGGGGCGGAGCGGUGUUUACGGGUGCUGGAGAGCGUUACCGUGCACAACCCGGAGAACCAGAGCUACCUGAUCGCUUACAAAGACUCGCAGCUCAUCGUCUCCUCCGCCAGGGCCCUGAGGCACUGUGAGGAGAAGAUCCAGCGCUAUAGCCGGGAAGCGCCUGCCCUCCGCGCCUGCGGGGGCGCUGUUCUGCCGCACUGCAGCUUCAGCAGCGUGGGCAAGGCCGUGGAGGACUGCAUGCGCGCCGUCAUUGGGGUGCUGCUGAACCUCACCCACGACAACGAGUGGGGGAGCACGAAGACGGGCGAGCAGGACCAGUUCAUCACCACUGCGCUUAACUGUGUGCUGCGUGUUCCCCAGUUUCUACCCCAGGAGCAGAGAUUCGACAUCCGAGUGCUGGGCCUUGGCCUCCUGAUUAACCUGGUGGAGUACAGUGCCCGGAACCGGCACUGCCUGAUGGACAUGCAGCUGGACACGCCCCCCUGUGUAGGGGAGGAGCUAAAGACAGAGGGUUCCCUCAGUGCCAUCGCAGCUCUUGUGCAGCUCUUCCUGGAGCGCGAGCGCGCGGCGGUGCUCGCUGAGGCGGAGACGGAUGACUUCAUCAAUGACGCCCCCAAGCCCCAGCCGGACCAGAGCGGCGAGUGGAAGGAAACUUCCGGAGAGAUCCAGUGGGUGUCCGCGGAAAACUGCGCGGAGAACGAGAACAACUCGGAGAAGGAGAAGAAAGACGAGGAGGACGAGGAACUGGACCUGAACAAAGCCCUGCAGCAUGCUGGGAAGCAUAUGGAGGACAGCAUCGUGGCCUCGUACACUGCACUGCUGUUGGGCUGUCUGUGUCAGGGGAGUUCCGUGAAUGUGACUACAGUGAGGGACAAUUUACCUAAAGGGGAUUUCUCCAUAAUGGCGGAAAUGCUCAAGAAGUUCUUAAAUUUCAUGAAUCUUACAUGUGCUGUGGGCACCACUGGGCAGAAGUCCAUCUCUCGGGUCAUUGACUACCUGGAGCACUGUUAGUGCUGUGGCUGGGCUGGGUCCCGCUGCGGAUUCCGGGCCACAGAGAGGGACAUCGUCGUGAUCGCCAUCACAGCCGUCCUGUCAACGGGCUUCAUCACCUUCCGCUUUCAUUCCAAUGGCGGUUGCCUCUCUCAGAAUUUCACUCUGUACUUAAGCAGUGUUCAGAUGUUCUCCGGCAACUGACUGAGGUACAACGGCUUUAUUUCGCAGACAAAAUAUGAACCUCGCAGAAACAACGCGGGCUGCAUAAACCAGCCACAAAUGGACGGGCUGUUCUUACUGGAAAGCUCUCUUGGGGUUCUCCUGGCCUACGAGCAGACGAGUGACGACGGUGGUUGAAGUGUGUCGCGUGUCAAUGAAUGUUAUGUCUGAGGCAGCUGAGUUUUGAGUGAUGAUCUCGCAGGAUUCUGGCCAGUAAAGGCGGGGCUGUUUUGGGCGUGGUCACAGCCUUUUUCUUUUUGCGAGAACUCACGUUUGCACUGACUCCACACACCCCCACCUCCCCCCCCCCUUUGACCAAGGAAACACAUCAAGCACUUGCCUGCUCAGUAAGGUUAGCUGAGUCGUUGAAGCUUUUUUUUCUUGUUGUUUUGUUUAUUUUUAUUUAACGUGUUGGUAAGCUAACUUUAAGUAUUCAGUAAAGUAAUAAGCAGGUCAUUAAGAGGGAAAGUGUGGAGUAAUGUGUACAUUCAAGUACAUCUAGAGGAGUUUGGAGCUGGAAUUUGGGGCUUGAGAAAGACAGUUCCUCACAGUGGAGGGAAAAUAAAGCAUGAAAGAUGGUCCAUGGCAAAGUCAUCCUCACAGCUGCACGAUGUGCAUUUUCUGCUCCUGCGGUUUUGGGUUUAUUUUAAGAAAUGCAGUUAGAUGAUGGCUCGGCUCACUUAUCCCCUCUUAGCGGGUCAGGUGUUCGCUGUGAAUUGUACAGUUUUGGAAAGCGACUGUAAGAAAAAGCUUUUUCUUCUCAAUGAAAGCUGUGAGUUGAAGACUGAUUGCGUACAUGACUCAUGUACAGAGCAGGGCCUUUCUGCUGAUGUAGAGCAUUGUUUUGUCUGUAUAUGAAGACUAAUAAGACUUGUUUUCAAAAACAAAAUGUGCUUUUCUAACUGUUGAACUUUUGACUUUGUAAUCUUAAUUUAAGUACAAAAUAAAUCAGCAGGACUGGAAAAAAUUUAAGUUUAAUUAUUUAAAAUAGGCACUUGAAAGAAUUUAUUGAAAGUAUCAUUCACAACCUUUGUCUAUCACAGGUACCUCUUAAUACCCUUUUAAUAGAGUCAGAAUUAUAUAAAGAGAAGGAGCAAAGAUGGAGCUAAAUUGUAAUGAUUAAUGUACUGAGCUUUAAGGGCAUCUUGCAAGUUAAGCACCACUAAACAAUGUUGUUUUGCACGUGCAGUAUCCUCCAAAUUAAUCAUACCCUAGAUGAAGAUGAUAAGGUACAUUAUUGUCUUAAACUAUUGGUAAUGCAUUAAAUAUAUUAAUUGCAGCCAUUGAAAAUGAUAGUUUACCAAGAUACACUUGACAAAUCACACAUGGCUUUACAGAGUAAAUAAAGCUUUGUUUUCGUAUAUUUGCUGCAUCCUGAGUUGGCUGGCUAGCUAACAUUACUGUAGCUGCUAGGACCAUGCUAGCAAACCAACUUAAACAACAUUUUGCUGUAUAGCCUGGUGUAGCAGCUUACAAUGAGUUAAGACCAUGUUAAAUAUGAUUACAUACUCUUGAAGUAUUAAGUUCACCAACAGUAUUUGUGCCUGGGUGCGGUCGUACUUUGAAGAUGUUCAGAUGUCUCCAUGACAGGUCUAGGGUCAGACACUUGCAGUAUAUUCUGCUGAAGCUGAACGGAACGCAGAUGCUAGAUCAGUUCUCAGUUCCCGUAGUCUUCUUGAGGCGCGAAUCCGUGUGUAACCAGCAGAUGUCACUUUGGUUUUCUUUUCAGCGUUAGAUCCACUGAAUUAAUGGUAAAUGCCUAUAUUAAAUCAAGAUUUUGGUUAAAGGCCUAGAGGUGAUAACUUAGCCUGGGCAGUCUGCCUGGACUAAUCAGGCCUGUGGGAAACCUUGGCUCUUUACCUGUGUGGUUUAUCUUAUACAGCCUUCUUUGCUCAUCUUUAUCAAGGACGUGAAUCAUUUUCGAGUGUAUCGUAGCUGUGCUAAUCUAUUACGCCUUAAUUCAAUCUGUCAAAUAGAACGAAAGAUUCAAGACCUCUUAUACCGUUCUCUGCUGCGCCCACGCAGAAUUCACGACCAGAAGGGACCGGGGUAGUCUGAGCUUUAGGUGAGCAUGACGCAUCGUGGCUCAGGCCUAUGAGUGGGGUUUUCAUCUCAAACAAGGUCCCAGAGCUCUGCGUUAGAGAUGAUUAUGUCAGAGUGUGAACCAUGAACAACCGCGUGGUACGAUGUCUAAUUAGAUGACCGCUUCACUUGGUUGUCUAGCUAGCCGAGCCGUCGGCUUGUUAAGGUAAUAGUUUUCAGUAGAUGUAACGGCAGUAAUUCACUAAUGCACCGCGUAGUAGUGCAGUAAUGGCGUAGAAGAACUGCAGAUUGAGGCGAAAUGUCUGUGUGAUGGUUGUGCAAGCGGACUGAGUUUAAGUGCUGUAGGAUGGCUGAGAAAGACCUGGUGGAAAUGGCUCAUAAGUGGCUCUCGGCCGCGGACGGAACACAGAAUUGCGUUCGCUAAGAUGGGGUAGCGCAGCGCAUUUUCUUGAAGAGUAACGGUGAUUGAGUUUUUUUUUUUUUUUUUUGCUUGAGCGAGCUGCAUUACUCUGCUCAAAAGGAACUUGUUUUACGGCAUGAAAAGAUUUGCAGAAUGCUCUCAAUAAUUAGGCUCUUGCUCGAGAAACAACAAAAAUGUACAUUUUCCAUUUUUGAUUGCCACUUAAUGUUAAUUACUUUUUACUUAAUAGAUGCACUUUAAAUGUCAAAUUCUCCUAAAAUUGUGUAUGUAUUCGCAAAAAAAAAAAAAAAAAGAUAAAGUACCGUUUCCUUUGGAGGCUUGAUGUUUCAUCCAUAAUUCAACCUCUUCAGUCUGUUACUCCCACUCCAUGUGAUGCUAAAUGCAUUGUUCAUGUGAUGGUCCUAAUGCCCCCUAGUGCACAGAGUGUGCAUUACUCACAGUUUGCACUAGUAUUUAAUUCUGGAGUCCCGUUUACCUGACACAAGGUGAUGUUCUGCAGGCAUAAUAAACCAAGCUCGGGUGAAGAUGCAAGACUCCAAUGUGCAGGACUAGAGAUGCGAGAACAGCGAGGCUUUUAAUAGCUUUUGUAUUGGGCAGUGUUAUUUGAGGCUUGAGUAACUUGCCGCACCACUGAUGCUGAAAUUGAUCGGGCCUACGCGGGGGUUUGCGUUUUGUGACCUACCGGUGGUCAGGUGGGGCUCCCUCUGGUCACAUGACUUCAGCUGGCCCCAGGUGUGCGGUUCGGUGUGGUUCCUGAGUGAAGACUCCUCUAUUCCAAGAGGACAAGAGCCAUACCAACAAGUUUUCUUUCUUUUUUUUUUCUUUGUAAAAUUGCACUUGGUUUGCAAAAAAAAAAAAAAAAAAAAGGUUUAUUUACAAAUAUGAAUGGAAUUACAUGUACAUAUUUAUGUAAAUAUUAGCUGUUGGACAUUGGAAUGGUAGAACACUUUUCUGAAUCCAACCCUAUUUUUGUUUUAUACCACGUUUCUCAGUUGUAUUAUUUACAGUAAUAAGUAUAAAAAAAAGACAACUGCAGGAAGUAAAAAAAAGUUUGUACCAGUUUUGAGAAUAAUGUCUUUGGUUACAUGUAAAUAAUUGUAUCUGGAAUAAAAAUUGAUACUUUCAGUA